UCCCCGCAACACCGCUCCGUACUCCUUAUAUAUAGCAUCACUCCAUCAGCGUCGAUCGAUCGAUCGAUCCAUACCUCGCCGGCGGCGACGACGACGACGACGAGAUCGAUGGCCUCUCCGUGGGUGGCGAUGGUGGUGCUUGUCUGGUGCGCGGCGAGCGGCGGCGCGGCCGUUGGUCGGUGGAGGAGGAGCGGGGGGGACGCCGAAGGCGCCGCUGCAGACGUCGCGGCCGUUCAACAUCGCGCACCGGGGGUCGAACGGCGAGCUCCCCGAGGAGACGGCGGCGGCGUACAUGCGCGCCAUCGACGAGGGCGCCGACUUCAUCGAGGCCGACGUGACGGCGACCAAGGACGGCCACCUCGUCUGCUUCCACGACACCACCCUCGACGCCACCACCGACGUCGCCGACCACCCCGAGUUCGCCUCCCGCCGUCGCACCCUCGAGGUCCAGUGGACCAACGUCACCGGCUUCUUCAUCACCGAUUUCACCCUGGCCGAGCUCAAGACGCUGAGAUCCAAGCAGAGGUACGCGUUCCGGGACAGGUCCUACAACGGCGGCGAGUCGUCGCGGAUCAUCACGUUCGACGAGUUCAUCGACACCGCGGCUGGCGCGGCGUCGAGGGUGGUGGGCAUCUACCCGGAGAUCAAGAACCCGGUGUUCGUCAACCGGCAGGUGCGGUGGCGCGACGGCAAGAAGUUCGAGGACAAGUUCGUGGCGGCGCUCAAGCGUCGCGGCUACGGCGGCCGGUACAUGUCGCCGGCGUGGGCGGCGCGGCCGGUGUUCAUCCAGUCGUUCGCCCCGACGUCGCUCGUCUACGCCGCCGGCCUCACCGACUCCCCCAUGGUGCUCCUCGUCGACGACACCACGGUGCGCACCGAGGACACGAGCCAGUCCUACGACGAGGUGACCUCGGACGAACACCUCGACUACAUGAGGGAGUACGUCGUCGGCGUCGGGCCGUGGAAGGAUACGGUGGUGCCGCCGACGACGGACAACAAGCUGGCGGCGCCGACGGACCUCGUCGCAAGGGCGCACGCCAGGGGCUUGCAGGUGCACCCCUACACGUACCGGAACGAGAACCAGUUCCUGCACUUCAACUUCCGGCAGGAUCCGUACGCCGAGUACGACUACUGGAUCAACGACGUCGGUGACCUCUUCACCGACUUUCCGGCGAGCCUCCGCCGCUACCAGGAGUGGACCACCGCCGGGAGGAAGGGCUGAUUGAUCGAUCUUCUCUUUGCUAGGAUUAUUCUAGGCAUGGCGACGAUGAUAUAAAAUGCAUUGAUCAUUAGUUCAUUAUUAUGUGGAAUUCUGUUAAGAUAUUAAUUA